UUCCCCAGUCCUUGGCCGCCUGUCGCUACAGGAUGUCGCUCUCGCUCUACAGGGCCAGUACACGCUUCGGCCCUUGUAUUUGUAAUCAGGACACUCGUUGUCUAUUAUGUUCUCACUGUCUUUCCUGGCAACUGUAUCAUUUUGGGGGUUAUGGCAUCGGUACGGGGUUUCACAAUUGGGAUUUUGGAACGCAGGAGUCAUCGCCCAGUCACCCGUUUCAGGAAGGGCGUCGGUUCAACAAAGAGCAUGCAGUUUUUUUGGAGUCGGGUUACUUUCGAAGGGAUCAGGCUUCGGGCAUAUGGAUACGAUACGGAACAGGACUGGGACUACAGGACGCAACGAAAGAGGGUUGGGUGAGAUCGGCGAAACAGAAAGGGGAUUGAACAUGAUGGUUGGCGUUUGCUCUGUGGAACGGAGAGACUUGUUUCUUGCUUAUAACUCGGGAAUAAAUGAUCGACGAAUGGGAUAUUGGUCCCCGGUACCUCCUCAUUCAGGGUCUCGCAAGGUCGGCGCAUGUUGGAUUUGCCCGUGUGAUUCUGAUGCGUCUUCGAACAGUCAAUCGGUGAUCUAAAAAGCCAUCAAUACCUACCAUGCAGACCCUCUUUU